CGUGCAGACGAUAUCUCAUCAUACCACCGCCUUGACUGGGUCAUACCUGUCAUUCAGUUAUUCCAUCUUCAAAUGCUUCUGGCCUCAACAAUUUUGCGUACCCAUUAUGGCACUGCUUCAACACCUGGUUCAAUUGCGUUCAAUGUAUCGUUGCUUGAACGAAAGAGGGUUUCCCUAGAGAAGCCUGAUUUUCAUGCCACAAAUGAGCUUCUCCGCGAGUCAUUUGAUGCACUAGUACAACGGGCAUGGGAGCUU